CACCGCCACACGGGCGGCCGAGCGGAGCCCCAGCCCCUGCGCCACCACCAUGCGCUGCCGUGGUCUCCUCUUUGCCCUCUGCGCCCUGGCAGGCGUGGGCUGCAGGAACCAGGAGGAGAAGCUGCUCCAGGACCUCAUGACCAACUACAACCGGCACCUGCGCCCGGUCCCGCAUGGGGACCAGAUCAUCGAUGUCACCCUCAAGCUCACCCUCACCAACCUCAUCUCCCUGAACGAGCGGGAGGAGACCCUCACCACCAACGUCUGGAUCGAGAUGCAAUGGUCCGAUUAUCGCCUGCAGUGGGACCCCAAGAAAUAUGACAACAUCCAGCUGCUGCGGGUGCCCUCCACCAUGGUCUGGCUGCCUGACAUCGUCCUGGAGAACAACAUCGAUGGGACGUUCGAAAUCACCCUCUACACCAACGUGCUGGUGUCCCCUGACGGCAGCAUCUACUGGCUGCCCCCAGCCAUCUACCGCAGCGCCUGUGCCAUCCACGUCACCUAUUUCCCCUUCGACUGGCAGAACUGCACCAUGGUCUUCCAGUCCCAGACGUACAGCGCCAAUGAAAUCAACCUGCUGCUGACAGUGGAGGAAGGCCAGACCGUGGAGUGGAUCUCCAUCGACCCCGAGGCUUUCACAGAGAAUGGCGAAUGGGUCAUCAAGCACCGCCCCGCUCGGAAGAUCAUCAAUUCAGAGCACUUCACCCCAGAUGACAUCCAGUACCAGCAGGUCGUCUUCUACCUCAUCAUCCAGCGCAAGCCGCUCUUCUACAUCAUCAACAUCAUCGUGCCCUGCGUCCUCAUCUCUGCCAUGGCUGUGCUGGUCUACUUUCUGCCCGCCAAAGCGGGUGGGCAGAAAUGCACCGUCUCCAUCAAUGUCCUCCUGGCCCAGACCGUCUUCCUCUUCCUCAUUGCCCAGAAGGUGCCUGAGACCUCCCAGGCUGUGCCUCUCAUCGGGAAGUACCUGACCUUCCUCAUGGUGGUGACGGUGGUGAUCGUGGUGAAUGCUGUCAUCGUCCUCAACAUCUCACUGAGAACGCCCAACACUCACUCCAUGUCCCAGAGAGUGCGCCAGGUGUGCCUGCACCUCCUGCCCCACUACCUGGGCAUGCACAUGCCAGAGGAGACACCAGGGCCACCGCGAGCUGCCCGGAGACGCAGCUCCCUGGGGCUCAUGGUGAAAGCCGACGAGUACAUGCUCUGGAAAGCCCGGACUGAGCUGCUCUUCGAGAAGCAGAAGGAGAGGGACGGGCUGAUGAAAACCGUGCUGGAGAAGAUUGGACGUGGCCUGGAGAGCGGCAGUGCCCAGGACUUCUGCCAGAGCCUGGAGGAGGCAGGUCCUGAGAUCCGCGCCUGCGUGGAUGCCUGCAACCACAUCGCCAAUGCCACACGGGAGCAGAACGACUUCAGCAGUGAGAGUGAAGAAUGGAUCCUGGUGGGACGGGUGAUCGACCGUGUCUGCUUCAUCAUCAUGGCCUCCCUCUUCGUGUGUGGCACUGUUGGCAUCUUCCUCAUGGCUCACUUCAACCAGGCGCCUGCCCUGCCCUUCCCCGGGGACCCCAAGCAGUACCUGCCGCAGUGAUGCCCGCAGGCACCCACCAGCCUUCCUGCUGCCGGGACCGCUGGAGCCAGGGGCUGGGUGCCCCCAAACCAGCCUGCCUGGCUGAGAUCCCUGCGGGCACAGCAGCUCCUGGUGCCAAGCACAGCGCUGGAGGAGGACUGCGGGUAGCAGGGCUCUGCCACCCCCCAGCAGUGGUGGUGAUGGGGAAUGGGGGUGGUCAUGCUGUGCUGAACAUUGGAAGUAAAGCCUGUGGCAGUCUCGC